GUAAACACGCGGGAACUCUGGCGUUCGCUUCAGAUGGCAACCGGAGCGGUGGGUUUCGUUGCUCCAUAAAUAUCACCGGCCACCUUUUCCGGAUAACAAGUCAUACACUUUUGCUGCAUUCUUUCCCUCUGUCACUGUGAACAAGAGCAGUGAUAUGGAUGGCGGCAAACCGUCCCUUGCGCUCGUCUACCAGGCCGUGCAGGCUCUUUACCACGACCCGGAUCCCGCCGGCAAGGAGCGAGCUUCUCUGUGGCUCGGGGAGCUGCAGCGAUCGAUGUACGCGUGGGAGAUAUCCGAUCAGCUUCUGCAGCUAAAACAGGAUGUGGAGUCCUGCUACUUUGCAGCCCAGACAAUGAAAAUGAAGAUCCAGACUUCGUUCUAUGAGCUUCCAGCUGAAACGCACAUCGCCCUCCGGGAUUCGCUGCUUUCUCACAUAAAAAACCUUAAAGACCUCUCCCCCGUUAUAAUCACACAGCUCGCCCUUGCAAUAUCAGACCUGGCCCUUCAAAUGGCAUCCUGGAAGGGCUGUGUCCAGACACUCAUUGAAAAGUACAGCAAUGACGUCUCCUCGUUGAUCUUCCUGGUGGAGAUCUUGACAGUGCUGCCAGAGGAGGUGCAUAGCCGUUCCCUACGGAUCGGCGCCAACCGACGUACUGAGAUUAUCGAGGACUUGGCCUACUACUCUAACGAUGUGGUCACUCUGCUGAUGUCAUGCGUGGAGAAGACAGGCAGUGAUGAGAAGAUGUUGAUAAAGGCAUUCCGCUGCCUGGGGAGCUGGUUCAACUUGGGUGUGCUGGAUAGCAACUUCAUGGCCAACAACCAGCUACUUGUUGUCCUCUUCCAAGUGCUGCAGCAGAAUGACACAUCCACCAACUUGCACGAGGCGGCCUCUGACUCUGUGUGUUCGGCCCUUUGUGCCAUUGAAAAUGUGAACAGCAACAUGCCAUUGGCCAUGCAGCUCUUCCAGGGCGUGCUUAUGCUGGAGACUGCCUACCACAUGGCUGUGGCCCGUGAGGAUUUGGACAAGGUGCUCAACUACUGUCGGAUUUUCACUGAGCUGUGCGAGACCUUCCUGGAAACAAUUGCACGCAGCCCGGGCCGGGGCAUGGGUGACCUGCGAACAGUGGAGCUGCUUUUGAUCUGUGCAGGACACCCCCAGUACGAGGUUGCAGAGAUCACUUUCAAUUUCUGGUAUCGUCUGGGGGAGCAUCUGUACAAAGCCAACGACCCGGUGCUGCACGAAAUUUUUCGUCCCUACAUCCAGCGACUGCUGCAUGGGUUGGCUCGCCACUGCCAGCUGGACCCUGAUCAUGAAAGCAUACCCGAAGAUACCAGUGAUUUUGGGGAAUUUCGGAUGAGGGUCUCGGACCUUGUGAAGGACAUCAUCUUCUUAGUGGGGUCUAAGGAGUGUUUUUACCAGCUGUACUCCACGCUGAAGGAGGGCAAUCCACCAUGGGAAGUUACAGAAGCUGUUCUCUUCAUCAUGGCCUCCAUUGCAAAGAAUGUUGACCCUGAGAAUAACAGGACUCUUACCGAAGUCCUGGAACAGUUGGUCCAGCUCCCAGAUACGGUCCACAUCGCUGUGCGGUACACAAGCAUUGAGCUGGUGGGCGAGAUGAGUGAGGUGGUUGACCGCAACCCCUGUGUUUUAGAUCCUGUGCUUAAUUACCUCAUGAAGAGCCUGAGGGAGAAGCCUUUGGCCUCUGUGUCAGCCAAGGCUAUCCACAACAUGUGCUCUAUGUGCCGAGACCACAUGUCUCAACACUUCCAAGUCCUGCUGGAUAUCGCCCGCUCCCUUGACUAUUUUUCCCUGUCUUCGGACGCCGCCGUCGAGUUGCUCAAAGGCACGGCACUUGUCUUAGCCCGUCUCCCGCUGGAGAAGAUAGGUGGAAGUCUGAGUGAUCUGUGUGCAGUGCAGGUCAUAGCUCUGAAAAAGAUGAUUUCUCUGGAGCCCACCAAUGGCAAAUCUGUAGACCCCACAAUUUGGCUGGAUAGGUUAGCGGUCAUUUUCAGGCACACAAACCCGGUUGUACAGAAUGGUCAGUCACAUCCAUGUCAAAAAGUUAUUCAAGAAAUCUGGCCCGUGUUGUCUCAGACACUGAAUAAGCACCAGGCGGACAAUCGUGUCGUGGAGCGUUGCUGCCGCUGCCUGCGCUUUGCCGUGCGCUGCAUAGGCAAAGGCUCCGCUUCCCUGCUGCAGCCACUGGUCACGCAGAUGGUGAAUGUUUACCAGCUGUACCCCCAUUCCUGCUUCCUCUACCUGGGCAGCAUUCUUGUGGAUGAGUACGGAAUGGAAGAGGGCUGCCGGCAAGGCCUCCUGGACAUGCUGCAGGCCCUCUGCAUGCCCACCUUCCAGCUGCUGGAACAGCCCAACGGCCUGCGCAAUCACCCCGACACAGUGGAUGAUCUCUUCAGACUAGCAACAAGGUUCAUCCAGAGGAGCCCUGUGAUUCUGCUGAGCAGUCAGGUCAUCAUCCAUCUCAUCCAGUGUGCCAUCGCUGCGACUACACUGGACCACCGGGAUGCUAACUGCAGCGUCAUGAAGUUCAUCAGAGACCUUAUCCACACUGGCAUCACCAGUGAUCACGAAGACAGCUUCGAAGUGCGCAAGCGGCUCGUCUCCCAGGCCAUGGAGCAGCACGGCCAGCAACUGGUCACCCAGCUCAUCCACAUGUGUUGCUUCUGCCUGCCGCCUUACACGCUUCCCGACGUGGCUGAAGUCCUUUGGGAGGCCAUGCAUUUCGACCACCCGAUGUUCUGCAGCUGGUUGGAGAACACUCUAAAGGGACUUCCUAAGGAAAUGUCAGGUGGAGCAGUGACUGUCACACACAAGCAGCUCACUGACUUCCAUAAGCAGGUCACUAGUGCUGAAGAAUGCAAACAAGUUUGCUGGUCUUUAAGAGAAUUCACAAGGUUGUUCCGAUAACUGCGUCUGCUCCUUCCUCCAAAAACCCAGGACUGUCUUUUGUUUGCAGCAUUGAGAGGUAACAUCAUUAAUAAAUGAGAAGACUUCAUAUGAAACAAGAGAUUCCCUUAUGAAAAGUGGAUGUGAAUGAUCCCUCAAUGCAAAGCCAGUGUGUGUGCGGGUUUGAAAGGAUGAGAUCCCCCCCCACCCCCCAGGGGUCCAAGGUGACCGGGACUGUGGCUAAAGCUGGGCAAACUGUCACAAAGAGGGAAUCUGCUUUUCCCAGGGUUCCUGUGUGCUAUGAGAAUGUUGGUGAUUUUAGAUCAAGAUUGCACCCACUCUACAUCUGCUGAAUUUCUAAAAAGUCAAGAAUCCACCAUGAAAAAAGAAAAAAACAAAAAUGUGCCUGGUAGAAAAAAUACAAAGACUUAUAACUUUUAAAAAGUAAAUGAAUUUAUUUUCAUGGACUGUCAACAGAAGUUUUCUGUUUGUGCCAUAAAGAAAUUUAGUGUAUAGUAAACUUCAACAUCAACCUCCAUGAAUGAAGGUGAGAGCUGUGGGCAGGAGAGCGGGGCUGUUAGCAGUACCAGCAUCCAUCCCUUGGACAGUUUUUUAACCUUGGUUAGACUUUUACAGUUUUCACUACCAGGCUAAAUUAUAAUUAUCAGAUGAACUCUGCCUUUUUUUCUCUUCUUCCAGUUAAUACCAGUGAGAAGCUAACAAAAGACAGGUGUUCUGGCAUUUAGGUUCAUCUGAUGUUAUAGCUCAUGAAGAAUAAAACUGAAGUGAGGACAAAAUCUUGUGUUUAUUUUAUGGUUUACAUUAUGUUAAGGGAACCAAUUAGGCUCUGAUCUUCUCAGACCUUUUCUCUGAACUUCUACCCUCAAAAUUUUGAAAUUACUCUGGUUUAUGCAACAUUUAGACAAGCAUCUGCUUGGGUGCCAUAUGAGACAUUUUAUUGGGUGUUGCAGAAAUUCACAAAUUUUAGCUGCUUUAUAAGCAAAUUGCUGUAAACACUUUUCCUAUCUGGAAAUAAAACAUUUAUCAACAAUAAAUCGGGUGAAGGACUGACAAUUCUGAAGCCAAUGAGUUUAAAAACCAGUAACAGAAACAUGUUAAAUACAGAGCUACAGAAUGCAGUUUAGUUUCACGGGUUUUUCGAAAUGAGGUUACGAAUGCUGAAAAUUCUAAGUGCUAAAAACAAACUACAGUGGAUUCCCUGACUUUCAGACUAUUGAGUAACAAAUGUUUUUGUCAUCACGCACAUCUUUCAAGUAUUUAUUUUUCAUAAAG